AUGAAGACUCUACUAGGUUCUCAAGAUAUAUGGGACCUUGUAGAAGAUGGAUACACGGAGCCCGCUGAUGCUGCCGCUAAAGCAGCUUUAUCAGAAGCACAAAAGAAGACGCUGAAAGAUUCACGAAAGAAGGACAAGAAGGCUCUAUUCUUAAUUUUUCAAGGUGUUGAUGAAUCAACCUUUGAGAAAAUAUCAGAUGCAAAAUCAUCAAAGGAGGCAUGGGAGACGUUACAGAAAUCCUGUCAAGGUGCUGACAAAGCUAAAAAGGUGCGGCUCCAAUCACUUAGAGCCGAGUUUGAAAACAUGAAAAUGCAAAGUGAAGAGCAAGUUACAGAUUAUGUCUCUCGAGUGCAAAAGGUGGCUAAGGAGAUGAAAAGAAAUGGAGAAGUCUUGGAUGAUGUUAGACUCAUGGAGAAAGUUCUUCGAUCUCUAACAAGAAGAUUUGAUUAUGUUGUCACAGCUAUUGAAGAAGCCAAAGAUUUGACGGAGAUGUCAAUUGAUGAGCUUGUGGGUUCACUUCAAGCUCAUGAGCAAAGAAUGAAGUUGAAUGAAGGCUCUAGUAAUAUAGAGCAAGCUAUGCAGACCAAGAUGUCUCUUGAUGAAAACCAAGCCAGUAGCAGCUUUGUACGUGGUAGAGGAAAUCGUGGUGGAUACAGAGGAGGCUUCAACACCCGAGGUGGAUUCAACACUCGUGGUGGUCGUGGCGGACGCGGUGGACGUGGUCAAAUAGGUAGAGGAUUUGCAAAUGAUACUGAAGCAUAUGGACGUGGACAAGGAAAUUAUAUCGUGAACGAGGUAGAGGUCGUGGCAGAAGCCGAGGAUUUAUGA